UACUAACUCCUCGUCAUCAUAUAACAUGUGGCAGAAUACCAAAGCAUGCAAUAGCUACCUGCUCGUUCGGUGUUCCAGUUGGCGCCAUUUCUCUCUCUUAAAUGUUAAUUCACUCACCGGAAAACGCCUCAAACUCGCCGGCGAUCGCUUGAUUUUGCCGCUAUCAUUACAACAAUCAUGAACCGAAUAUCAAUUCCUAAGAAUUAUUGUAGGAUUCGGAUCCGAAGAGUUCCUGCGAGCCGAAUCUGCGUUGUGUUUGAUGUUCAAUAGAUUUUGUUUAUUUAUAAACUUGUUGUUUGAUUUGCGAGUGGAUGAAAUGGAGAAGAAGAAGUUUCCAGUCGGAGCAGAGCAUUAUGCUCUGUAUGAGGAGAUAGGGCAAGGCGUCAGUGCUUCGGUUUUUCGAGCAAAGUGUCUUCCGAACAAUGAGAUUGUUGCGAUUAAAGUUCUCGAUUUUGAACGCGGCAGUGUCGAUUUGAACAAUAUAUCACGUGAAGCUCAGACAAUGUUCCUGGUUGAUCAUCCAAAUGUUCUUAAAUCACAUUGUUCGUUUGUAAACGACCAUAAUGUAUGGGUUGUCAUGCCUUUUAUGCCUGGUGGUUCUUGUCUCCACAUAUUGAAGUCUGCGCAUCCUGAGGGUUUUGAGGAAGUUGUUAUUGCAACUAUACUGCGCGAAGUAUUAAAGGCAUUGGUGUAUCUUCAUGAUCACGGUAUCAUUCAUCGUGAUAUCAAAGCUGGAAAUAUUCUCAUCUGUGAGCGAGGUGCAAUCAAGCUUGGUGAUCUCGGUGUUUCUGCUUGCCUGUUUAAUUCUGGAGAUAGACAACGCACAAGGAAUACAUUUGUUGGGACCCCCUGCUGGAUGGCACCUGAGGUUAUGGAACAAUUACAUGGCUAUGACUUCAAGGCUGAUAUCUGGUCCUUUGGCAUUACAGCUCUGGAGCUUGCUCAUGGUCAUGCUCCUUUUUCAAAAUAUCCUCCAAUGAAGGUUUUGCUCAUGACAUUGCAAAAUGCACCUCCUGGUCUUGACUAUGAGAGGGACAAGAAGUUUUCUAAGUCUUUUAAGCAGAUGAUUGCAAGCUGUUUGGUUAAAGAUCCUUCGAAACGUCCUACUUCAAAGAAGCUACUUAAGCAUUCCUUUUUCAAACAAGCUAGAUCUAAUGAGUUUAUUGCACGUAAGCUUUUAGAAGGCCUGCCAACACUUGGUGAUCGCCUUCAGGCAUUGAAGAAAAAGGAAGAAUAUAUGCUUGUGCAAAAGAAAAUACCAGAUGGACAGAAGGAAGAAAUGUCACAGAACGAGUACAAAAGAGGUAUUAGCAGCUGGGACUUUGACCUUGAUGAUUUGAAAGCUCAGGCAUCCUUGAUACCGGAUGAGGAAACUAUAACUGACAAAGAUCAGUUACGGGACGCAAUUUCUUUCAAUGGGACUGGUGCUGGUGAAAAGGAACUACCACAUCAAUUAUCAUACACGAGCAAGGCUUCAAAAGCUACAGAUUCUGCAGGACCUGCUUCAAUUCUCAACUCUACUGCAACAUUCUCAGUAGGCAAAUAUGAGAGUUCUACCAAUGGAGACCCGAGCUUGCAGAACUGUUCUUCACAUAAUGAAAAUUGCAAGAAGAGCGAUAUUGCUGGAAAAUGCAACUUGGAUAUUACUAGAAAACCUGUUAAUGGAAUCGGAUCUCAUUCGCACCAAGGAGAAGCUUCAUCUGGAUGCAUUCCAGUCAAUGAUUUCAGUGGCAAGUUGCAAAGUCAGAAUCAUGAAGUCCCUACCGCUAAUGGAUCUCAAUGCCUCUUGAUAUCAGAUGAUGUGGCAUCUGAUAAAAUACCUAAACCAAUACUAACUAGUGAUGAACAAGAUGAGAAAUCGAAGUGCCAAGUUAUUCAACAAAAAGGCCGUUUUAAAGUUACUUCUGAGGAUCCCGACACGGAUAAGGUAGCUUCAACUUCACCGCUAAAGAGCCCGAACAUGCAGGUAAUAAUUGAACAUCCACCUGGCCCUCAGUUGUCUCAAGUGGAUACUACUUCAAUGCCACAAAAUCAAGCCACUCAUCUCCAAAGGAAUGACAUUUCAGGUUCUACCGGUGAGGCUACAGGUCGGGGCAACAGCGGCUUAGACGCUGCAUGCACAGCAGCCAACAUCACUAGACUAGAAAAAUCGAUGCUAGUGGCAACUGACGAUAAAGAAAAAGAACUACUUAAUGAGAUAACCGAUUUACAUCGAAGGCUUUUAUGUAAACAGGAAGAGCUCCAGAGAUAUAAAGCAGGAAAUACACAGGUGUGAGUUACCGCCACCUAACCAAACCGAUCUUUUUUUUAUCCAAGAUUGCUUAUGACAUAAAAGGUUCAAAAUGUGAUGUGGUUUUUGUUAUUAUUUGUUGUUAGGCUUGUGGCCUAAAUUAUUCUUUUCACCUCUUUAUGUUUUGGUGUUUGCCAAAUUUUCAUUUAUGGCUUUCAUUUCUUUUU